GCGCUAGAAUUUGUUUCAUGCCGAGAAUGCAAAAUGAACUGACAAGAUGCCGUUUUACAAACUUAUACAUAUACCAGUAACAUACAGCGAACCAGAGACUAGUGGUGACGCCAUCUCCCUCCUUUUCCUUCACGCUCACGCGCGAAACUCGCGUCCCCGCUCCUCAUGUCUUCCAUCUCACCAGGGUCCACUACGUUAGACAUCCUGCGGGCUUACAGCUAUCCUCCGCCCCCUUCAAGUUCAUCUCCGGACGCGACAGGACCAACCGAUAGACCCUCAAGAGAUCUUCACUUGUCUCUCCAGGACACAGUUUCUAGAUAUUCCACUAUUUCAUGCAGCCCAACUUCAAUUCUAUUUACUGGGGACAAAGGCUUGUCGAGUGAGACCAACGAAUCGCCCUUUCGAUGGAAUUUAUCCUCCCCCGUGGAAUCUGUAGGUGGUGAGCCACUGCCUGGUGGCGGAAAGGGGCAGGUAUCCGAACCCACAGAACACAUCUGGCAGGGCUGGAGAGUCGUCUUAUUCGGUUCAUGGUUCAACCUUUUAUUGUUGUUGAUUCCUGUUUCUUGGACACUGAGCUUCGUGCUUGAGAGACACCACAAGGUUAUAUUCAUAUUCAGCAUCCUGUCCAUGAUCCCUCUCGUAAAGCUUCACGAUCUUUCAACUCGUGAGCUGGCCCUUCGUAUCGGAGGCACAAAGGCUGGUUUGCUUAAUGCGAGUAUGAGUAAUACUGUCGAGAUGGUUAUUGCAAUCACCGCCCUCAGGAAGUGUGAACUAAGAGUCGUACAAUCUUCGCUAAUCGGUUCGAUUUUGAGCAAGCUACUCCUUGUUCUAGGAAUGUGCUUCUUUGCAGGCGGGCUUCGCUUCUCUGAGCAAGGGUUCGGCCAGACUGCUACACAGAUACAUUCAUCACUCCUGAGUAUCAGUGUUGGGGCUCUGCUCCUCCCUGCUGCGUAUCAUUUUGCAAUCAGUGGCGGAAAGGAUUCUGGCUCCUUUGAGCAGAAGGAUGAUAUUCUGAAGAUGAGCUAUGGCGUCUCCAUCAUACUCAUGUUUAUCUAUGUCGCCUAUCUUCUUUUCCAGUUCUGGUCCCACAAGCAUCUCUAUCAAGAUUCCAAACUCAAGAGUAGCAAGCUAUCGGUCAAGAUACCAGUUCAUUCGCGUUAUCUAACCGAAAUGCUAUCUUCAUCCACGACCCUGAACGACAAACCUAGUAUGCAUGAUAUUCGGAGUUUGACUUCUCGACGUGUUUCAGCGCUGCCCAAAUUGCCUUAUAAGAACUCGCCGUUGAAUUCUGCCUCUGAGAUCACGUUGACAGGGAGCAAGGAGCAUCUUCCGGAGACCACUAAGCAAGGGGUUACACAGGAGUCUACCAAUCAGUCGUCCGAGGGAGUGUCACGGCAAACUACGCAAAGCGAGCACGAUCAUGUAGAUGGCAGCACUGUUGCCCCCUUAAAUCCGCCUUGGAGUACAUCACCAACGGCAUCCGCCGUUGAUACCGAUCCUAUCCGAUGUGCUUCACCAGAGCCUAUGACUGCCUCUGAAGGUGCGGAUCUGCACAGGUCGCCGUCAGCAACGAAUAGUUUCAGAGAGCCGCAGCUUAGCUGGAUGGUCACCCUUCUGUUAUUGACAUUGGUUACUAUUACGGUGACUAUCACUGCUGAAGAUCUCGUGGAAUCCAUGGACGGAAUCUCAACGACAAUUAGCAAGCAAUGGGUCGGUCUUGUCUUACUUCCUGCAGUCAGCUCUAUCGCAGAAUGCGUUACUGCAGUCAAUACUUCUGUGAAGGACCAGCUAGAUCUGAGCGUGAGCAUCGCUGUCGGGUCGUCGAUACAAACCACUCUCUUGGUUAUUCCGUUUAUGAUCACUCUUGGAUGGAUCAUGGGCAGGCCACUGGCUUUGCUAUUCGACCCGUUUGAGUCUGUGGUUCUUUACGUUGCAGUGCAAACCAUGAGUAUCGUGGUUGCGGACGGGAAAUCAAAUUGGUUAGAGGGUAUCAUCUUGAUCUGCUUGUACGUUAUCAUAGCCGUUUCCUUCUGGUUCUACCCUGUUUCCUCGAGCCUCCCAAGCGAACUUGCUGUUUGCAUAUAACGAUGAUCGGCCUUUAGAACAUUUUCUAUCUUGCGUCCUGGGGUUGUAUUUACCCUGUAGAGUAGAACGCCCAUUCAUUCACCUACGGGUGUUGUCCUUCGUUUCACUUUCACAUUCUUUACGGAAUCGUCAUUCAUUUACUCCACAUCCUACUUCACACACACUGUACGACAUCUGAACUAUCUUCGACAGUAGAACAUUUAAUUGAUGUACUUUAUUUACUACUUGAAUAUGAUUAUGCGGUUGUCUUACUA